CACAUUGUUUGGGGGAAGGAUAAACCUGCAGUUCAAAAAGACUGGUUAACUGGAUUUGAGCUGGAAACUGGGAAAUUUCCGAAACUAAGUUUUAAACCUGGCGGCUCUUUUACUUUUUUUUUUUGGUUUCUUCGCUAAGUCUCUCCAUACCAACUUCCUUACUGCUGUUCUUAUUUCCUGUUGUAGGAUUUUUUUUCAUAUUCUCCAGAAAAGGGAAAUCAAUAUAAUUUCUUCUCUGGGAGGGAAGUGGUUAGUGUGCUCUUAAGUGGCAUUAGAAGAUCUAUUUUGAACUAAAGCCGGUGUCUGGGCUGGGUUAAUUCCAGCCUGGGUCAAGUAACCACCAGAUGUUUUAUCAGUUUGCGUGCUGUCUUGUGGUUGUGUGGCUGAUUUCUGCUUCCGAUGCAGAGCAUUGUUUGGAACUUCCCCCAGUGAACAACAGCAUAUUUGUUGCCCAGGAGGUAGAAGGACAAAUCCUGGGGACUUACUUUUGUAUCAAGGGUUACCACUUGGUAGGAGAGAAAACCCUUUUGUGCAAUGCCACCAAGGAAUGGAGUGCUCCCACCACCAAAUGCCGCUUGGGCCACUGUCCUGACCCGGUGCUGGUGAACGGUGAAUUUAAUUAUUCGGGGCCUGCAAACAUAAAUGACAGAAUCACGUUUACGUGCAAUGACCACUACAUCUUGAAGGGCAGUAAUUGGAGCCAGUGUCUAGAGGACCACUCCUGGACACCUCCCUUUCCCAUCUGCAAAAGCAGAGACUGUGGCCCUCCAGGGAAUCCACCUCAUGGUUAUUUUGAAGGAAAUAAUUUCACUUUUGGAUCUACCAUUACUUAUCACUGUGAAGACGGGUACCGCCUAGUGGGCACGCAGGAGCAGCAUUGCACGGAUGGGGAUUGGAGCAGUGAGCUUCCAUUGUGCGAGCUGAUCCAGAAAGCUCCCAAACCAGCCCCCCUGGCUGAGUGUGAGAAGGCACUUCGUGCCUUUUGGGAGACUAAGGAUCUUUGCAAAGCGACAAAAGACUUCAUGCAACGAUUAAAGGAAAGUGACUUGACAAUGAAGGAACUAAAAUAUUUUCUGGAAAUGAAGAAAGCUGAGUUGAAGGCAAAAAUAUUGUUAACACUGUAGCUGAACAGAUUGGUAAUAGUAACGUAUCUAUGAAUAAAUUUUCCUCUUGGUUCUGAAA